UGUAUAUUAUUUAUGCGAAAGAGAGAAAACAUCAAGAUACGGUGCUUGUAAAAGAGGACAAACAUUGAAAAUGAAACCAAAUAGUUUUCCCUUCUAAUAAUUGGUAUAGAAGCUCACCGGAGCAAAACAAUACUUCGAAAACACCGCCUCCGGCACUUAUUCCCCGGCUGCGAAUCCGGCGGAAAUGGAGCUUGAGGAACACAUUUUCCGUUCUAAACUUCCGGAUAUCUACAUUCCAAACCAUCUCCCAACGCACGUAUAUUGCUUCGAGAACCUCUCGAAUCACCGCCUGCGGCCAGCUUUAAUCAACGGCCCCACUGGUGAAGUCUUCACCCAUGCUGACGUCGAGCUCACCGCCCGCAGAGUCGCAGUCGGUCUCCACAAUCUCGGCAUCCGCAAAAACCACGUUAUCAUGCUCCUCCUCCACAACUCGCCGGAAUUCGCCUUCGCAUUCCUUGCCUCCUCCUUCGUCGGCGCCGCCGCCACCACAGCGAAUCCACUAUACACCGCCGCAGAAAUCACACUACAAGCAAAGAUAUCCAAGCCAAAACUUAUCAUCACCCACGCAUGCUACGUGGGAAAGGUAGAGCACUUCGCCUUUGAGGAAGGAGCGAAAAUUGUGACAAUCGAUCCUCCGCCGUCUCCGCUGAUCAUCCAUUUAUCUGAACUGACGAGAUCCGACGAGAAAUUACUGCCGGAAGUCGAAAUCCAAGCGGAGGAUAUGCCGGCGCUGCCGUUCUCCUCCGGCACUACCGGAUUCCCCAAGGGAGUGAUGCUGAGUCACAAAAACCUAGUCACGUGCGUCUCACAGCAAGUGGACGGAGAAAACCCUGCAUUCCACCUUGACGUUAAGGAUCUAACGGUGUGCGUUUUGCCGUUGUUCCACGUAUACUCCUUGAUUACUGUGCUGCUCUGUAGCCUGCGAGCAGGUGCCGCCGUACUGAUUUUGCCGAAAUACGAAAUCAAUGCGCUAAUGGAACUAAUUCAGAAGUACCGGGUGACCAUUGCCCCAUUCGUGCCGCCGAUACUGUUGGCCAUCGCUAAGAUCCCGGCGGCAGCGGCCGGCAAGUUCGACCUUUCGUCGGUGAGGAGAGUGACUUGUGGUGCGGCGCCCAUGGAUAAGCAGCUUGAAGGUGCAGUGAAGUGCAAGCUCCCGAAUGCAAUGAUUGGGCAGGGCUACGGGAUGACUGAAGCUGGAGUGUUAACAAUGUGCUUAGGAUUUGCCAAAAGACCAUUCAGAUUCAAACCGGGUUCAUGUGGAACUGUAAUUAGAAAUGCUCGGAUGAAGGUUAUCGACCCUUCAACCGGCGUCUCUCUUCCUCGGAAUCAGACCGGGGAGAUUUGCAUCAGAGGAGACGCUGUCAUGAAAGGUUAUUACAAUGAGCCGGAGGCAACGAAGAGAACAGUGGACAAGGAGGGAUGGUUGCACACGGGCGAUAUUGGGUAUGUGGACGAUGAUGACGAAGUGUUCAUCGUCGACAGGUUGAAGGAAUUGAUCAAGUACAAGGGUUUCCAUAUUGCCCCAGCCGAACUCGAAGCUUUGCUGAUUGCUCACCCCUCUAUAUCUGAUGCUGCUGUUGUCCCUAUGAGGGAUGAGGGUGCUGGAGAAGUUCCAGUUGCAUUUGUAGUUCCAGCAAAUGGUUCAAGUAUCACCCAGCAAGAGGUCAAGCAGUAUAUCUCAAAGCAGGUGGUGUCGUACAAGCGGAUCAAUCGUGUAUUUUUCAUUGAUGAAAUCCCUAAAGCUCCAUCUGGUAAAAUCUUGAGGAAGAAAUUACGGGCUAGGAUUUGAUCUCCACCCCCAAGAAUUCCAGAUAACUGCCGACCGCUUGUUGAGAGUUUGAAGAUGUCAUCUAAUGAAGAUUUGGAUGCUGCAGGGUAGUUUUUUAUGGUUUUAGGUAGUUUCAUGUUCU